AUGGCUUCAUACCAUCUUUCUGAUGCUGAAGGCCGCGACAAUUACUACAAUCCUGCUCUUCUUUGGUGGUAUGAUUUCUGGGUGCACUGGGUCAGCGCACUGUUUGCCUGGAAAUGUUCAUCCAGGGGUAUUCUCCUCCCGUUCUUCCAAGCCAACAUUGGAGAGCGCCACUGCGAUGUCGGUGUUGGCACAGGUUACUAUCUCCGUGCUGUCCGGCAACGCCGACCUGCUUGGCCGGAGCAGAAUCUGACACUUAUCGAUUUCCACAUGCGAUGUUUGAGAAAGGCUGCCAAGCGAGUGGGGAUCCCUGAAAAGACGGAAUGUAUAUUGGCCAAUAUACUUGAGCCAAUCAAUCUCAAGCCCCCGCAGCAAUUCGACUCUAUUUCGCUGAUGUAUGUGCUGCACUGCCUACCCGGAACAUCCAAGGAUAAGGCUUGCGUGUUCAAAAACUUGAAGCCGCUUCUCAAGGAUGAUGGAACCUUAUUUGGUUCGACAUUGUUGUGCCGAGGGAUUCGACAAAACUGGUUUAGCUGGUUCUUGCAGCGAAUCUACAAUUCCAUUGACAUGUUCCAAAACCGGGAGGAUUACGCGGAAGACUUUGUCGAGGCCCUGAAAACCGAGUUUGAGGAAGUGGAGACGGUCAUCAUUGGCACAGUACUGAUGUUCAAGGCGCGAAAGCCUCGUCGUAAGGAAGGAUUGUAG